AUCAACGGAAAUUUGAUCAUCAAUCAUCGAAAAUAAGAGGAAACCAGACUCAAGCACGGGUCAUGUGAUAACGCAAGCCUCUGGCGCAGAAGCUGACUCAUGCAGUUUACUGUCAUUGAGAUUUCAUGAGUCGUGCUGAGCCGAACGGCGCGAUAGAUCUGCUAUCGAUGUGCUUCUUGUUCGAAAAGCAUCAACAAUCUUGCCAUACAUUCCUCGCUUCAGCAUUUCUGAGGAGCAGCGAUCACUGACGAGCCCGGAUGUGCGCGGUUCCUACCUGAAAACAAGCGUUCGAGCCCGAUCAGUAAUAGAUCAUGUCUGAUGCCGACUUCGACAAAGUGCGAAAUGCGCAAGCCGCACGAAAUGCCACAUCGAAGAAGCCGUAUGGCGCUAGUCAACGAACGGGCAGCGACAAGGUCUCUCUGACCUCGAAUUUUGAUAAAGAUGUAUAUGGAGAUGAUUCAGACGACAAAUUUGCAGGAUAUCACACAUCACUACCUGCAGAUGAAGAAGAUGAAGAGGACGCGACAGAGGCGGAUCAAGGCCGCCUAGUCGGUCAGUACACGGCAACUGCUGCCCAAAUCGGUGAAUACGCUCAGGGCGAAGCGGCAGAAGACGACAUCCUUCAGAGCCAAGAGAAGCGUGCUCAAAUCGCAAGCCGUGAGACCGACUACCAGAAACGGAGAUUCGAUCGCAUUGCUGCAGAAACCGGCCAUGAUGGGGGCAGUAUGGCGGAGACGCGGACUCAGGCUGAAAUCAUGCGCGAACGAGAAGUCGAACGAGAAGAGCUUCGUGUGAAGCGUGCGAUCGAAGAGCGGCAGCGCGACCAGCAGGCACGCGGUGAAGACGAGGAGGAUGGAGCGUUGAAAUACAAGGCUACACUGAAGGAGGAGGCAGAAAGUGCGCAGUCAGGUGACGCGCAGGGUGAAGCUGAGGAAGCUAAGACAGCACCAAGAGCACGGAAGAGGAGAUGGGAUACGGUUGAAGUAUCUACGGCUGAUACUGUCAUGGCCGAGAACGGCGAUGGUCAUGAGGGUGGUGCUACGACCGAAACGACGUCAGCGAAGAAAUCCCGAUGGGACGAUGCGCCAGCCGUUACUCGGCGGUCCAAAUGGGAUCUUGUAGGGACAACAACCAAUGGCACACAAACUACCAAUGGUAGCGCACCAGCCGCAAAUGGUCAGCUCGCUUCAGGCUUCGGUACUGACAUUUCCGGGAGAAACGCGCCAUUGUCGGAUGAAGAACUCGAUGAGAUGUUUCCAAAAGACGGCUACGUGAUAUUGGUGCCUCCUCCUGGCUAUGAGCCACUACGGGCUCCUGCCCGACGGGCAGCGCCUGCGGCGGUCUCGAAACCAACUGGAGGAUUCAUGAAUCAGCAAUCAGUUGACCCAAGAUCCUUGGGCAAGCAACUUCCCUCUGACAUUCCGGGUGUCGGCGAUUUACAGUUCUUCAAAGACGAAGACAUGACAUACUUUGGCAAAUUGGUCGAGGCUGUCAACGAGAACGAGAUGAGUAUGGAGGAUUUGAAACAACGGAAAAUCAUGCGAUUGUUAUUGAAGGUGAAAAACGGCACACCGCCCAUGCGAAAAACAGCCUUGCGUCAACUGACAGACAAUGCCCGGAACUUCGGAGCAGGACCCCUAUUCGAUCAAAUUCUCCCGUUACUCAUGGAGAAGACCCUCGAAGACCAAGAGCGACAUCUUCUGGUCAAGGUCAUCGACCGUGUUUUGUAUAAGCUCGACGAUACAAUCGGGCCUUACGUGCAUAAGAUUCUCGUCGUCGUCGAGCCUUUACUCAUUGACCAAGACUACUAUGCUCGUGUCGAAGGCCGUGAGAUCAUUUCGAAUCUCGCCAAAGCAGCCGGUCUUUCCAAGAUGAUUGGCAAUAUGCGACCUGAUAUCGACCACGCGGAUGAAUAUGUGCGCAACACAACUGCUCGCGCUUUUGCUGUGGUAGCCUCAGCAUUGGGCAUUCCUCAACUUUUACCUUUCCUCAAGGCUGUGUGUCGGAGUCAAAAAUCAUGGCAAGCACGGCACACUGGCGUGAAAAUCGUACAACAAAUUCCGAUCCUGAUGGGCUGCGCAGUGCUACCGUAUCUCAAGGGACUCAUCGAAUGCAUCGGCGAGAAUCUGAAUGACGAGCAUCCAAAGGUCCGAACCGUGACGUCUCUCGCUCUUGCAGCGCUUGCCGAAGCAUCAAGUCCUUUCGGUAUCGAGAGCUUUGACAAGAUUCUGAAUCCGCUCUGGACAGGGGCACGAAAACACAGAGGCAAAGGUCUAGCAGGUUUUCUGAAAGCUGUCGGAUACAUUAUUCCCUUGAUGGACGAAGAGUAUGGAAAUUAUUACACGAAACAAAUCAUGACCAUCCUCAUUCGCGAGUUUGCCAGCCCAGAUGAGGAGAUGAAGAAGGUCGUUCUCAAAGUCGUCAGCCAAUGCGCAGCAAGCAAAGGUGUCACUGCAGCUUUCCUACAAACCCAGGUGCUGGACGAUUUCUUCAAGAACUUUUGGGUUCGCAGGAUGGCACUCGACAAGCGGAACUACAAGCAAGUUGUUGAGACAACAGUCGACCUCGGCAACAAAGUCGGUGUUGGAGAGAUUGUCGAACGAAUUGUUGGCAACCUCAAAGACGAGAACGAGGCAUAUCGCAAAAUGACUGUUGAGACCAUCGAAAAGGUCAUAUCCGCGCUUGGCGCUGCUGACAUCGAUGAAAGGCUGGAGGAGCGCCUCGUGGACGGUAUCCUGCAUGCCUUUCAAGAACAAGGUGUUGAGGAUGUCGUAUUACUCAACGGAUUCGGCACUGUGAUCAACGCACUGGGAAUGCGAUGCAAGCCAUACCUACCGCAGAUUGUCAGCACUAUUCUAUGGCGACUCAAUAACAAGUCCGCCACUGUACGUCAACAAGCUGCCGAUCUUAUUUCACGUAUCGCGAACGUGAUGAAAUCUUGCGGUGAGGAUGCGCUCAUGAGCAAGCUGAGUGUGGUAUUAUACGAAUAUCUCGGAGAGGAAUAUCCCGAUGUCUUGGGCAGUAUCUUGGCGGCGAUGCGCAGCAUUGUCAGCGUAGUGGGCAUCAGCAUGAUGCAACCACCAAUCAAGGACCUUCUGCCGCGCCUGACGCCCAUUCUCAAGAACAGACACGAAAAGGUGCAAGAGAAUGCCGUCGACUUGGUGGGUCGAAUCGCUGACCGUGGUCCCGAAGCUGUCGUUCCGCGCGAGUGGAUGCGUAUUUGUUUCGAGUUACUGGACAUGCUCAAAGCGCAUAAGAAAGGAAUACGCCGCGCGGCCAAUAACACGUUCGGAUUUAUUGCAAAGGCCAUUGGACCGCAGGACGUUCUCACGACUCUACUAAACAAUCUGCGGGUGCAGGAUCGUCAAUCGCGUGUCUGUACUGCCGUCGCUAUUGGAAUCGUCGCCGAGACCUGUGCGCCCUUCACUGUGCUGCCAGCGCUCAUGAAUGAGUAUCGCAUUCCGGAGCUCAAUGUGCAGAAUGGAGUUCUUAAAGCACUCUCUUUCCUCUUCGAAUACAUUGGCGAGAUGGGCAAAGACUACGUAUACGCAGUGACGCCGCUGCUGGAAGAUGCCCUCAUCGAUCGCGAUCAGGUACAUCGACAGACCGCAGCGAGUGUGGUCAAGCAUAUCGCCUUGGGCGUGGUCGGACUGGGUUGUGAAGACGCGAUGCUGCAUCUCCUCAACCUGCUAUUUCCCAACCUGUUCGAAACCAGUCCGCAUGUCAUAGAUCGCAUCAUCGAGGCCAUCGAUGCAGUCCGGCUUUCUGUCGGAACCGGCCAGGUCAUGAACUACGUCUGGGCAGGACUCUUCCAUCCUGCAAGGAAAGUCCGAACACCUUAUUGGCGACUGUACAACGAUGCGUACGUGCAGAGCGCAGAUGCGCUGGUCCCCUUUUAUCCGGGCCUCGACGACGAGAAAGUCAGCAGACCAGAGCUAUUCAUAAUGCUGUAGCCACGUAAGGAAUGAUCAUGGCCCUCUGUAAACAUAAUUUAGGCUUUGAGAAUAUAAACCCUCGGAACCGGUUCGCUUAUCGAUUUUGUCCC